UUCCGAUUGUGAUUCCGUGUACGGGGACUUCCGGAUUGGCACUGGGUCUGGCACAGAUAACAACACUCAGUCUAGCGAUGAGGAGGUCGUUGAAACGUCCGGGAUAGUUGUCACGCGUGUUUGAGGUGUUCUUCUGAAGUAACUUGGAUUGCGAUAUUCGUUGACUAUGGGAAACAGCCAAGCUACCCCUCCCGACGACCACGAAGGCCAUUCUACAGCUCCGUCGCGAACCACAAGACGGGCUUCUUCUAAGGCUCACAAUGCUUCACUUGUCAAGCUCUUUGAGAAAAUGGAAAUAACAGCGGACAUUGGAAACUCCCACCCCGGUGAACUGUCACAGACCACAUUCGAGAAUGCGUUCCAUGGUCCGCUGCACAAGUUCGGGAAGCUGAUGUACCGGCAGAUGCUGAACGGCCACACCGUCAGGGACAGGAUCACGAGGGAACAGUUUGUGAAGUCCGGCAAGGAGAUUCUGAAGAAAUUUGAUGAAGUGGAACAGCAUAAAUAUUAUUUCAAACUAUUUGCUGCAAGCAAGGACUAUUUAACUACAGAGGAUGCCCUGCAGAUGGUGCAGAUCUCCUACGCCCUGACCCUGUCUGCGUCCAAGAUUCCCUUCAGUAAGAGUGACCGUGAUGAAAAGGUGUUCGAGGCCAUGGUCACAAGCAUGUUUGGCAUUGAGACUCAGAUGUGCUACGAUGGGUUUGAGAGCUGGCUGAAGUGGAACUGCCCCCAUCUGUUCUGUGGCGUGCACAACUGGGUCUACCUGAUCCUCACUGGAUCCACGCUACCGUCAGAACUGGAAACUGCUCCAGUACCGCAGCUGGAGGGCUUUGUGGAGGGCAGGUACAGCGUCACCAUGGGUAUGCUGUGGGUGUUGUCAGCGACGCUGCCCCAAGUCUACACGCACAGCCCUCAGCAGGAACAACAGUCCUCAAACCCUCUCAUGAACUCCUACCAUCUCCUCAUGAAGCUGGCUCGUCUGUCCAGGUGCCAGAGCUGGGCACUUCUGUACAACAGUGAUGACCAUGGACUCUCCAUAAACAGAUUUAACCACCACGUGUCUUCCUACAUGGGCCCGUCCAUCACUCUUGUAGCGUUUGAAGGAAGAAACCUCUACUGUGUUGCCAUGGAUACAGGAAUAAGGGAGGGAGACAAGCGGUACGGAGGCGAGGACUGUAUGCUGAUACAGAUAUGUCCUGUGUACAGGGUUAUACAGGCUGGGGAAAAGAUGCUGCUGUACAAUGACCUUAGUCGAGGUCUGCCCAGAGGCCUCGAGAUCGGGAAGGAUUCGCGGAGUCCAGUGCUGUUUAUUCCACACGAUUUUGACUGCGUGAAACAUUACGGUGUCGUGUGUAAUCUGCAGAAAAUAGAGGUGUGGGGCUGCGGAGGGGCAACUGUGAAGGAUGCUCAGCUGAAACAGAAGCAGUGGGAGGCCCGGGACACCCAGAGACAUGCACAGAGGAAGUUGCACUUGGAGACUGAGAAUUGGGGAGAAAGCCCGGACAAGCAGAUCUUGGAGUGGGGCGGAGUCAGGGGAGGCCACUCUUACAACCGAUAAAUCCAAUCACAUUCCAGAAGAUGGUGCUAAUCCAGAACAAUUGGAUGGACAGCUGAACAUAUAAUCACGUUAUUUUAGCUGUGUUUCGUCUACGGGAAUAUAUUUGUGUGACAUUUCAGGUGGCAUGUUUAAAGCCAUUCAUCUCUCAGUGUCUGUUCUAGACUUCCCCUUCUGUGUCUGUUCCUUGACAAAGUAAUGAGAAGGCUCUGUUUAUGUAACUGCUAGAUAGAUAUACACUGCUGUGCAGAGUUAUGUCCCUUAGGCAUGCAAGGAUCUGCUGGCCAUUGGCUUGAAUCCCAAAUUGGCCUGUUUAUGAUCCUUGGUUUGUCAGCACCAUAUUCAGGCUCACAGCUCAUGUGGGGCUUUCCUCCCUCAGAAGCUGACAGCCAUGAUCUUGCUGAAAUACUGUUGAAAGCAGCAAAUAUCUCCUCCACUUACGGGGGCACGGGUGGCCCAGUUGUCU